GGCUCAGGUCAGCUAAAGAUGAAGACUAACACCGUCUAAAUACUGCAUUUUAUGGUCCUGAAGUGUGGCAUUAACAGUGAGGACUUGAUUAUUUGACCAUGUCCAAUGGAACGGUGAAUAGGACUCAUGGGGUUGGCAGUUCUCAGCACAAUUACCUUGCACUUGUGUUUGGUGUGCCACUAAUAGUAGCCAUCAUCCUGGGCAAUGUCCUGGUGUGCCUCAGCGUGCUGAUUGAGAGAUCCUUGAAGACAGCGACGAACUACUUCAUCGUCAGCCUGGCUGUAGCAGAUUUACUUCUUGCUGUUCUUGUCCUGCCGCUCUUCAUGUACACUGAGUUUCAGGGAGGGAUUUGGACUCUGAACAUCUUCCUGUGUGAUGCAUUAAUGACAAUGGAUGUGAUGCUUUGCACAGCUUCCAUUUUCAACCUCUGUGCGAUCAGUGUUGACAGGUACAUUGCUGUGAUCGUUCCCCUGAAAUACAACAGGAACCACUUCAGUGGGCGCCAGCUGGUUCUCAUCAUGGCCACUUGGCUCCUGUCUCUUGGGGUGGCUUCCCCUGUUAUCUUUGGGCUCAACAAUGUUCCUGGCCGGGAUGUGACAGAUUGUAAACUGGAAGAUGACACUUUUGUGGUUUACUCCUCAGUCUGCUCCUUCUUUGUGCCGUGUCCAAUCAUGCUGCUCCUGUACUAUGGAAUGUUCCGGGGCCUCAGACGCUGGGGGGAGAGUCGCAGGAUCACACUCCCUUCCUGGGAUCACACGCCGCUCUCCUUUAAUCUUUCACCCAGCAAGCGAGAAAGACAUGUGGUUAAAUACAUUGUGCCAAAGCUAAGCCCCAGUGCAGCUAAGAACAUUCCGGAAAGCGACUUGAUCACCACACAGCUCGAUAGCACCUCGGAUGUGGAGACACCUGAUGGAACAAAGGCAGGAGCCCCAAAGGAGAAUGGGCCUGUAUCGCGACACGGCCUAGAGAGAGGGCCCUUCAUGAGAAGCCGCAGAGUCAGUGGCCGUGAGAGGAAAGCGAUGAAAGUCCUUCCGAUCGUUGUAGGAGUGUUCCUCGCUUGCUGGACUCCGUUCUUUGUGGUUCAUGUUCUGAAGGUUUUGUGUGAAGCCUGUACCAUUGGCUCCAUGUUGAUCAGUGUGGUCACAUGGUUGGGAUAUGUGAACAGUGCAGUCAAUCCCAUUAUCUACACCAUCUUCAACACUGAGUUCCGAAAUGUUUUUCAGAAGCUACUACACUGUCAGACGUGAGCAGUGCCUUGAUCAAUCCUCACUGCGUUCACGUUUAGAAUACUCUGGGAAA